AUGCCGAACCCCCGCGUCAUCUACUGGUUCCGCACCGACCUGCGCCUGCACGACUCGCCCGCGCUGAAAGCCGCGCUGGAGUUGAGUCCAGAGUGUCUGUAUCCGAUAUGGACGUGGGACCCGCACUAUGUGUAUCGCGCGCGCGUCGGCCCCAACCGCUGGCAGUACCUGCUCGACUGCCAGGCAGAUCUGAGCGCGUCCAUCACCAAGCUGAACCCCAAGUCGAAGCUGUUUGUGGUGAGGGAGGCGCCGCAGACGCUGUUUCCCAAGCUGUUCAAGCAGUGGCGCAUCACGCAUCUGGUGUUUGAGAAGGAUACGGAUGCGUAUGGGCGGGAGCGAGAUGAGAGUGUCCUGAAGCUGGCGAAAGAGGCGGGUGUCGAGGUCGUGUUUAGGUAUGGUCGCACGCUGUAUGAUCCGGAUGAGCUGGUGAAGCAGAAUCAUGGGAAGCCGACUAUGAGUAUCUCGCAGGUGCAGGCGGCGGGGAAGAAGAUUGGGAGCAUUCCUAGGCCGAUUCCUGCGCCGGCGAGUUUGCCGGAUCCGGGGGAUACUGGCUUGGGGUUCGAGCAGGAGGUACCGGAGAGGGCGCCGGAUGUGAAUGCGAUUCAGAGAGAUGGGGAGGAGGGGAGCUAUGCACAGCUCGCUGGUCCGAAGGGCGAUUUCGCGGUGCCGACUAUGGAGGAGUUGGGGUUGAAGCCGGCGACGACGCAGCAUAGGGGUGGCGAGACGAAUGCGUUGAAGAUGCUGGACGAGAUUAUCGCGAACGAGGACUACACGGCGACGUUUGAGAAACCGAAAACCGCACCCACGGCUUUCGAACCUCAAGCUACCACCCUUCUCUCUCCGCAUAUGCACUUUGGCUCCCUCAGCUGCCGCGAGUUCUACUGGCGCUGUCAAGACGUCGCCGAUAAAUACAAAGGCCAGGCAUCGCAGCCACCAACCAGUCUUACCGGCCAGCUUCUCUUCCGCGACAUGUACUUCGGCGCGCAGGCCUCGCUCGGGUACGCCUUCGGCCAGACGUACGGAAAUUCACACUGCCGCUUCAUUCCCUGGCACCUGCCGUCCAAAACAGAUACAGCCUCGGGGUUGAUCACCGGCGAGUACCUCGUCGACAACGCGCAGGCCGAAAUAUACUUCAAGCGCUGGCGCGAAGGCCGUACAGGGUUCCCCUGGAUUGACGCGCUCAUGCGUCAGCUCAAGUACGAAGGCUGGAUACACCAUCUCGGGCGGCACGCCGUGGCGUGUUUCCUCACGCGGGGUGGCUGCUACGUGGACUGGGAGCGGGGCGCGGAAGUCUUCGAGGAGUGGCUGAUUGACCACGAAGCUGCGUGUAACAUCGGCAACUGGCAGUGGCUGAGCUGCACGGCCUUCUACGCGCAGUUCUACCGCUGUUACUCUCCGAUUGCGUUUCCCCAGAAGUGGGAUAAGGAGGGGAAUUUCGUGAGGAAGUUUGUGCCCGAGCUCGAGAAGUAUCCGCAGAAGUAUAUCUAUGAGCCCUGGAAGGCGCCGAUUGCGGAUCAGAAGAAAUGGGGGUGCAUCGUCAAGGGCGAUGGAAGCGAGCAGGAAGCCGGUGGCAAGAAGGCGUAUCCCAAGCCGAUGUUUGACUUCCCCACGCAGAGGGAGGUGUGCCUCGAGGGCAUGAAGAACGCAUAUCGCGUUGGAUUGUACGGAAACAACCCAAAGGUUCUGGAUGGCACAUGGCGCAAGCUCUUCGACGACAAAGCAGAGGGGCCGACUGAAGGCAGCAAGGGCGCGCCUGGCGCGAUGGUAGAGCGCGCGGAUGACCAUGGGCGUGAAGAGAACCAUGUGCCAGAGCCUCCAAGCCCGAAGACGAGCAAGAAGGGAAAAGCGGACAGCAAGAAGUUGACGGGUAACGAAACGGAGAUCAGCAACACAGGAAAGACGAGCAAGGCCGGGCAUAAAAUGGAGCCUAGUAGCACGAAGACCACCAAGGCGGGAAACAAGAGACAGGCCAGCCAGGGGACGCUGGACGGCAUGGUGACGCGGAAGAAGAAGAAGGAUAACAGCGACAUUGCGGACCACACUUGA